AUGGCAGAAAGUGAGAUUUCCGCACCCUAUACCAUAUUCUCCGAACGACGAAAAAGAUGGACCAUUGCCAUCGCCUCCAUGGUAACAUUUCUCUCGCCCGUAUCAGCCAACAUGUACUAUCCCGCCAUCAACCGACUAGCGCACGAUCUGCACGUAUCGCAUGCUAAAAUUAACUUGACUAUUACGGUUUUCAUGAUCGUGCAAGGAAUAGGUCCGCUUUUCGUGGGUAGUGUGUCGGAUAUCUAUGGUCGUCGACCCACCGUGCUGCUUUCUCUCCUCGUCUAUUUGGGCGUCAAUAUUGGUCUGGCGCGACAGACGAGCUAUCCUGUCUUGAUGGCUCUUCGGUGUCUGCAGAGCUUGGGUAGUAGUACCGCAUGCAUCGUCUGUAGCUCUGUGGCCGCUGAUUUGGUACCCCGGGCUGAACGUGGACGGUAUAUGAUCUAUUCAUCGCUAGGAGUGACUUUGGGACCCGCCAUUGGACCCAUCGUGGGUGGUGUUUUGACGCAAUUCUUCGACUGGAGGAGUACCUUUUGGUUUCUGGCCAUCUUUGCGGGGGUUAUGAUUACCGUAGUGCUUGUCUUUUUGCCAGAGACUUGCCGUGUGGUGGUUGGAAAUGGCUCGAUUUUACCUCCAUGGUGGAAUAUACCUUUAGUCCAAUAUCUCAAUCACACGACCAAAGCUGAAGAAUUCGUGUGUUCCCGAACUCCAAAUGGCGAGAAACAAGCUCGACAUAAGCGGCCAACUCCUCUAGAUAGCAUAAGAGUAGCCAUGCAGAAAGAAACCGCAGCCAUCAUAACCUUCACAACACUACUAUUCUGCGGCUAUACAUCCGUAUUGAGCACACUCCCCUCCCAACUCGAAAGUAAAUACCACUUCAAUGCCCUCCAAGUCGGCUUAUGCUACAUUCCUUACGGAGCCGGAAGUCUCACCUCUCGCUGGACAAUCGGAAAACUCAUUGACUGGAACUUUCGACGCCAUGCGCGAAAACAAGGUAUUGAGAUUGUUCAAAAUCGUCAAGUGCAGUUAUCUCUAAUGCCCGUCGAAAAAGCACGAUUGCAAAUUACGCUUCCGGUAAUAUAUGGUGCAGCGGCUGCAGUAGUAGGUUACGGAUGGACGAUGAAUCAUCAAGUGAAUCUAGCGGGGCCUCUGGUGAUGCUCUUCUUUGUAUCGCAUUUGAUCUCGGGAGCAACGAGUACACUGAUCACUCUGGUGAUUGAUUGCCAUGUUCAGCGACCGGCGACGGCGUCUGCAGCAAAUAAUAUGUUUCGAUGUUUGUUUGGAGCUGGUGCCGUGGCGGGGGCGAUUCCGUUGAUUGAUGCGAUUAGCAUUGGGUGGACGGGGACAAUGAUUGCUUUCGUUUGGGUCUUAUUUAGUCCAAUGCUUUGGGGCGUUUAUUUUUGGGGUCAUAGCUAUCUACUUGAGUACUUGAGUAAAGGCUUUGAAAUAUAUGCGAAGUUUUCGGUUAUCGGUUGGAAAUUGCCUGCUCUUUGCUAUGUACUCAAGUAUAUGACCCGAUGGACUUAUGGCAGUCCCUUUGGACAGUUUGUGACAUGUAUUGGUGCUCAUUUCAGUAAAGGAUAA